CCUAAUGUUGAAACUUUUAUUUUAUACUCCUUGUCUCAAAAAUUUUUUUCUGUUUUGACUUUUUUUGUUAAACUAGUAAUACUCUUUGACAACAAAUUAAACUUAAUUUGAAUAUAUAAGUGUUAUAAAAACUUGAUAUAUCCUUCCCCUACUUUUAGUACGUGAUCCUUAGUAAGCAUGUUAUAUCAUUUCUUUGUUUCUAAAUUUGAUCCAAAUCCUAUAAUAAUUUAUUUCACCACCUAGGUUUGGACCGGUUGACAUGGGGAAUUGACUCUUUUCAAAAAAAGCCGGGUUAGGAUUGGUUCUGAUUUUUAAAGGACUCGUCCCGUGUUGAUAUAACAAGCCAGGGCCGGAUUUGAAAGAAUUUGAAUGGAGUUCCCGGAAUCUCUAUCGAGAAAGGUUUGGAUCAUACGCAGUGAAAAGGAUUUCCACAGUGCGUGUCGGACUUAUAAAGCACUGAACAUUGGUUUGAAAUGUGCCUUUUCACCAGUGCUCCCUCGAGAGAGGGUAGAAAAAUUACUGGCUGCUAACAUCGCGAGCUCAAACAUUGACGUGCAAGUACUAGAAGUAGAAGGGCUGCCCGAAGAGGGCCCAAAAGAAGAGGGCCCAAAAGAAGAAAGCCAACUUGAUUUUCUUGCCAAUUGUUUCACCUCAGGGUGCAUCUUCCUCUUGGCUGCUGCGUCAACUGCUGUGGUGCUGGGUUUACUAACACUAGCAUCAAAAGAGUUGAGAAUCACUGUGAGACUCCCAGCGAUUAGAGUGGGUCCUCUCCGUGUUAAGUUGUACUCCUUCCGUCCCAAUUUAAAUCGCCGGUUUUUAUUUUUGGACAUAUUUAAGAAAAAUAAAAAAUAAAGUUGAUUUUCCGAAAUUGCCAUUACUUUUUAGAAGGGGUGAUGAUGAAUGUGAAGAUAAAGUGAAGAAGAGUGACUUAUUUUAGUGGUAGUUUAGGUAUUUUAUUUUUAAAAGUUUACGAAAACAACUAACAGGCGACUUAUUUUGGGACGGAGAAAAAAGGCAAACCGGCAAUUUAAAAUGGGACGGAGGGAGUAGCACAAGGGAGAACACUUUCUCAAUUUGAUAUAUAGUUGCAGAUUCAUUCAACCAUAUAUGGUUUGACGUUAGCUUUUUCUUCUGGAACACGAAAAUUUUUGUUCUUUGAAUUUUAAAUGAAUAGGCCUCGUGUGAGGUUUAUCUAAAUAGCACCGGUCUGUAUUUGUUUCCUUUUAAUUUAUAUUUAUCUUUAGAUUUCUGGUUGAAUUGAGUAUCAUGUUUUCAUCGUUAAUAUAGUCAUUAUCCCGGCCUUGUGUUACUGAAUAAUAUGGUUACUGAUAC